AGCGCGUUAGUAAACAGUGCGUACGUCAGCACGUUGAGCUCAAACGCAGCGGCGCCAAGGCUAAACUUUUCACGAUGCAUCUCGAUGAUGGCUCGAUUUCCUUUCUUUUGUUGUCAAGUAAGACAGCGGGGUGGUAUUGAUGUUAUGAGAUAAUCAAUGGAUUGCGUUUAUCCCCUGCCACCAUUGAAGAUGAUUAGAUAAAAGUUUCAGUUUCACCAAAUCCCAGCAAUGACCUGCAAUCGAAACGGAUUGUUCAGCAUUGGCGAUGACUUUGACGAUGAGGACCUGUUCGAGGCAGAGUGGGCUGCCCCAGCAGUGCCAGCCUGCGUGUCCGCUCCCGUUCCAUCCUCUGCACUGAGCGCCUCUACUCCAGGUGGCCAGGACAACGCUUCCCCCCACCGGACACUCAAAGCCCUGAAUAAGGACACAGGCGGCCCCACGCAGACGGCUGCCACAGACACUGUCCGUCCGGGCUUGAGGCAGAUCUCCUCCGUUCCAGAACCUUCCUCGUCCUCUGCACAGCACGCCUGUCCGGACGUGGCCGCCCAGCUGAGGCCCCCAGCAGGCGACGGGCCCCAGAAGGCCUCUGACGUCCAGGAUGAGUUUGAGGACUGGGACGUGGACCUCGCGGACCUGGAUGAGAGCGUCCACCAGGCGGGCCCGGGGGUCCAGAACCAGAAGGCGUUAGCCCCCCCCACCGCCGGGGAGCUCAUAUCCUCGGCCAAUAGGCUCCGCCCCCCGAACCACGGGCGGACACACCCUGAAUCCCGGACGCCGUACCGAGGGUCUGGCGGUGUCUCGCCGUCGCCACGCCGACCGCCGCACUGCGUGCCGUCGGGCCCCCCGGGGCCCCGCCCCUCUUUAGGCCCCGCCCCUCCCUGGAUCCCCGUGGUGUUCAACGUCCCCAGCAGCCCCUCCCCCCGGGCAACGAGAGGCUCUCACCACCCCCCAUCGCAGAGGCCGUGGACCACGCCCGGGGGGGGCCCCGCGCCCCCCCCCGUGUACAGCCCCCGGCCCCUGAGCACGCCGGUGCUGACCAACCACCUGGUCCGGCUGGUGUCGGCCGCCAACAACCCCCCCAGGAAGAGGCCUCGCUCCGGGGCCCAGCCCCCCAGCGCCCGGCGCUUCCCCGGGCCCGCGGGGCUGCUGCCCCAGCAGUCCCUGAACCAGAGCCUGGAUGACAUCGUGGUGUCGGUCCCUCAAACCCCCGCCCACGGCGCUGUGGCCCGCCUGCCAAGCCAGUGUUCCGGAUCCCAGUCAGAGGAGGAGGAGUUCACCAGUGGGCCCUGGGGGGCCAUGAAGGCAGACAUGGGGUUGGACGAGAGGAACGCCACGUGUUUCCUGCACUCGUACAGCGUUGUCAUGGUGCUGCGGAAGGCGGCGUUGAGGCAGCUGGCCCAGAACAAGGUGCCCAACAUGGCGGUGCAGCUGAAGAGCAUCAUGCACACGCACGCGGACGCCAAGGCCGUGUUCAGAGACCCCACAGGUGAGAUCGCGGGCACGGUGCACCGGCGCCUCCUGGAGGACCGACUGGGCGAGCUGAAGGCGGGGGCGGUGCUGCUGCUCAAACAGGUGGGUGUGUUCUCGCCCUCCCACCGUAACCAUUACCUGAACGUCACGCCCAGUAACCUGCUGAAGAUCUACCCCCCGGAUGGAGAGGGCAGCUCCUCCACCUCCUUCUCCUCCUCCUCCGUCACCCCGUACCUCCCUCCUCUGAUGCAGGAGCCCGCCUGCCCGUCCACCUCGGCCCCUUGGGGCCCCGUCUCCUCCAUGCAGCUGGAGCUGGAGGACGACGACGACGAAGACGAGGACGAUGAGGAGGUGCGCCAGCGAGGGGUCGCCCCAGGGACCCGCUCGGAGGAGGUUCCCCCCGGCACGGAGCUCCAGGGAGGCCCGCAGGACCCGGUCUGGGACGGGGGCGGAGACGAUGACCUGAAUGAGCUCCUGGGAGACUUACUGGAGGACCGCUCCAGCCUGUGACCCCAGGACCGACCCCAGACGCCCUCUCCUCCAGACGGGGAACACUACUUCUGUUUUACUGCUUUAUUUCGUUCUGUAAAGAGAAAAGAAACCUUUAUUUUCAAAGUAUGUGUGUGUGUGUGUGUGUGUGUGUGUGUGUGUGUGUGUGUGUGUGUGUGGUUUCAAAAUAUCAUUGUUGUACACGGUUCGGUAUAAAUCAUUUGUUGACCCACACGCACUCUGUCAUUGGUUAAAAUGUCUAAUGGCUAAGCAGCCUCGCUGAUUGCAGAAGCACUUUUCCUCUCGCAGCGAGGUCACGUGGAGUGACACAUUCAGCGGAGUAAGCAAAUCACACGGCUGCUCUGGAUUCAACUACAGUGUUUUGCUUCCAGUGGCAGAGUGCAGUGAGCUUUCACCUCUCCCACUGCUACCCUUGGUUGUCCUGAAUCCAUCUCUAUGUCAUGUGUACCACAGCAUUUUCUUUUUAUAAAGAACAGUUUA